GCUCAGAGGGGCAGAAAGCUCUGAGCUCGGAUCCGCGUACAGCGCUCCACUUCCAGCUCCACACCGUGCCUUCCAUUUCCGUUACGACGCACAGUGUGGGCGGCACUGCCAGAAGCCAAGAAGCGCUCAUUUUUAAAAUUUGAUGAUGUCAAUAAUUUUUUUCAAAACUGCUCUCAGCGAUCAGUAAUUGCGGAACCGCCAGUAUUUUCAUAGGGAGGAAAACGGCAAAGAUCUCCGCUGCAAAAGCAACUGCAGGAAUCCUGUGAAUCGGUCGAAAAGGACGACUUUAAACGUGAACAUUUGCACAUUAACUGUAGCAAUAAGAUACUCUCCAGUUUUAGCACGGGAUCGCAAUGAUCAGCAGCUGCCUUCCAAGUCCGGGACGGGAGAUGCCAAAGCUGACGGACCCACUUUCUUCGAAUCGAGCGACUUUUUGGAAUAUUUCUGCGAUUUAAUUUAACUGAAAGAGUAAGUGGAACCAAAAAAAGGAAACCUACGAACCAGCCGGAGUUUACUGCUGAGAGCAGCCUUUCAUUUACAGUGAAGUAACAGUUGCAAAAUGGGCGGGAAAAGUGCAAAACAUUCGAAUAUUGCAUCUCUAUCGGUAUUACAGUAACUGGUUCAACUGUUACAUUUCCGAAAUUGUUUUGACAUUUUUUCACAAUCUUUAAGGUGAAAUACUAAAUAUCCAUGCAGUGGCUGCCAUGAUUUUAAUCGUAAUUUGAUUUUAAUGCUUUGGGAUACCAUGGCAAAAUCACUUAAAACUGUUAACUUUGAGAUAGCCAAGCUAUCAUUGGACUUGUAUCACGUGUAUUAUAUUGAUGAGAGAAAGGGGCGGACCGGGCAACGUCAUUACUAGGGAUCACACAUCAAUUACUCUAGUUUAGUAAAUACUAUACUGCAGAGCGGGACUAGAUUCUUCAUCUCCACCAUACCUGUUGGCUGUCUGUGCUUAUCGGAUUUCGGCAUUUUUGAGGUAUUAAUAAUGGAAACAGCUGAUGGAUCAGACGGUGACAAAUUAACAAGCGCCGCAGCCAAAGGAGACUCGAAAGAAGUCAACAAUUUGCUAGAAAACGGGGUGAAAGUGGGUGCAAUCAAUAAGUUUGGCAGAACUGCACUUCAGGUGAUGCAAAUGGGUCAUACUAUAAUAGCCAAGUCACUAUUGAAAGCUGGAGCUAAACCAAAUGAACAGGAUCACAGUGGAUUCACACCAGCUCAUGAUGCAGCUAGGGAAGGAUUUCUGGACACUUUGAUAACCUUAGUGGACUUUGGGGCAAACGUAAAUAUUGAAAAUUCUGAGGGUAAUUUGCCCAUCCAUCUUGCUGCACAGGAAGGUCACACCGAUGUGAUUAUAUUUUUGGCCAAAAAAUCAAACCUUACACACAAAAAUAAAAAGGGACAAACUCCCUAUGAGCUGGCUCAGAUGUACAAAAAGACGGAGGCAGUGCAAUGGAUGGAACAAAAUUUAUAGUAGAAACGUAUUAAGGGAGUGUAGUCUUUUGUAUUUAUUGUAUGUGUCAGCUAACGUGUAGAUUUGUUUAUCAGUUUCCAACGUUUGUAUUUCCAUAUAAAUAGUCUUUUAUUUUCUAGUCUGUGUUUAAUGUGUGUAUGUAUUUGUUGGCAAGAGUGGCGCUGUGGGGACUGGCAUUGAAUGCUUUUUAAAAACGUUUUUAUUUUUCAUGAUACCGUGCUAAAUUCGCUUUGUAUGUUGCAAAUUAGUAUUAAAAUUAAAUCUGGCAAGUGUUACUGCUUAGUGUUUCAUUGGUGCACAAGAUACCGUGUAUUAAGAACAUUGUUUAACGACGCAAUGCACCAUAUUUGACUUUUUAUUACAUUAAGCAAUGAAGUUAACACGAAGGGUAAUUUCCAAUUAGUCGUUUGAGAUCAUGUCCUGUGUCUUUAUGCAGCUGUUGAAAGUUUGCCCUUUGUGGGAAACAGGGAUGCGUUCAUAUUCAUAUAACCACGCUGUUUCCAUAUACUUACUGUUUUGUUUCAAUAAAUUUGUUUAUCUUUUCUUUUUAAUAGACUGAUAUGGAAACAUUGCUUCCUGUCUGUCUUCCUCCGUGAAAAACAGACAUAUGUAGUUUAUAAACAUAAUUUAAUAGGUUUUGAUUAUUUUAAUGAAAUUAAAUUAAGCUUUUCAUUUACUCGAUGUAUAUAUUGCAUUGCUUUCG